AUGCCGGCCACGGGACCGUCACAUGCGCCCCCGCCACAGAUACCAGGCUUCCUCAUACCCAACCAUGAAGCGCAACCACUCAAACAAGCUGUCGCGGACCUUCUCGAACGCGACAACGUGCGCUUUCCAGGCGCCCAGCCCGUAUCCUUUGCACGCGAACAUAUUGCCGAGCUUCAGCGGAACGAAUACUUCAUGUGUGAGAAGACGGACGGCUUGCGCUGUCUUCUCUUCCUCCACUGGCAGGAGGGGCCAACAGGUGCCUUUGAGCCUUUGACCUUUCUGAUUGACCGCAAGAACAAUUACUACGAUGUGCGACCACCCUUUCGAAUACCGCAUUACAUGCAUCCAAACGAACCCGAGCCCUUUCUGUACGGUACGAUCCUGGACGGCGAACUAGUGCAUGACCAGUAUCCAAACGAGCCUGCGCCGCGGUUAAAUUUCUACGUCUUUGAUUGUUUGGCAGUCAACGAGCAGAAUGUCACGGGGAGAACACUAGACAAGCGGUUAGGGCGGUUGCACGAUUGGGUCAUCAAACCGUACGAAAUGUACCUGACGAGGACAUUUGGCAAGAACAUCCGACCGGAUGACCUCAAGCCAUUUGCGCUCAAGGGCAAGAAGACCUAUGCAGCGUAUAAACUUGAGGAUAUGUUCAGCAACAUACUGCCGAACCUCCGUCAUGGCAACGAUGGCCUGAUCUUCACCUGCGUAUCCACACCAUAUCAGUUUGGCACAGAUCGACACAUUCUCAAGUGGAAGCCACCGCACGAGAACACAAUCGACUUCAAGCUCCGCCUCGGCGAGUUCCCCCUCAUUGACCCCGAAGACGGCGAAGAAGGCCUCAUUCCCGACUACGAUGCAAUGCCGCAUCCCAUCGAACUUCUUGUACAGCACAACCAAAACAAGUACCAAGUAUUUGCCCAGAUUUCCCUCACCCCAACCGAGUGGGAAACGCUCAAAUCCCUCAACCAGCGUCUAGACGGCCGCAUAAUUGAGUGUUAUCGCACAGACAAUGGGCAGUGGAAAUACAAGCAAGAAGCAGACGGCACGCCCCGCUGGCGCGACGACAAGAAAGACGCCAAUCACAUCAGCACGGUCAACAGCGUAUUGGAGAGUAUUGAAGCGCCUGUCACGGAGAUGGACCUCUUGGCCAACGCGGAAAAUAUCAAGCGUGAGACGUAUCGUAUGCAGGGUAAGCUCGAUCAGUACCGGCCGUCGCAGGAUGCGGGCGAGCGCGAGGCCAAGAAGCGUAAGUUUAGUAAUUCAGGUAUGAACGGGCAAUGA